GGGUAGAUGUUUUGUGUUUAUUUUCCCAGCACGUUUCGGGGGAUGCGAAUUGAUUCUACAGUUGUACUUGUUUUCUUAUGCGUUUUGUUGAGCACAUCCAUUCAAUAAAUUACCAGAAGAAUAAGUUAAAAGUUUACAUUAAAUUACAACAUGGACAGUGAGGAGGGAAUCGUACAUUCUAACGAAGCGGCGAUCGAGCUGGAUACAGAUGACGAGACUCAGCCUAUACUGUCUAAAGAAGACGACCUCGGCGACAAAGGACUGUCGAAUGAUCACGCGCACUUAUCCACAGACAGGUAUGGAACCUUCUAUCCAGGUCCAAAGACUUUUACCUUAAGCCAAAGACGGGUUCUACGUAGGACACAACGAAUGCAGUUCAAAGAGCUUCAAAGUGGACUGAGACGGAAAGAUCAGGUUUCGACUAAGUUUACAAAGUUUAUUGACGAUUCAAUGAAAAAAAUGAAUGAGAUUCAAAGAAACCACUUCCGGAUCUGGGGCAGUUCGAUAAAACAUAUCCAGGGACAUCUGGGAUCUGGAGUGUGCACCUACUUCAAAGUUAUUGUCUGGCUUCUGAAGAUCAACUUGCUCUGCAUGAUUCUAGCUCUGGCUUUUAUCGUGGGACCGGGAAGCUACAUGGCUAACAAUCAUGCUCAACAUCCCGCCCAAGAAUCCCUUUACAACAAAGAUGAUUUGGAAUGCACCAACCCUAACUUUGUAAACGGUACUGGAUUUCAUCAUGAUGCCGUCGAUUCGGUGCUACAAUUUCUAACAGGAACUGGAUGGAUGGAGAGUACAGCUAUGUUUUAUGGAUGGUAUCCAACAAGCAACCUGACCAUGCAUGUACAUGGAAAAGAAAAAACUACUUACAACUUCUCCCUAGCAUAUUUUACCGUGGGAAUUUCUUACUUUUUCCUUUCUCUGCUUUUCAUGCUUUACAAUUUGUCUAAGCUGUUCAACAAGUCAGCUGCUGAGCAAUUUGACACAAAGCCCUAUUCUUCGAAGGUUUUCACGUGGGAUUAUGGCGUGACAGACACCGGAGCUUGUGAGCAACAAAGCGUAAGGUUCAUCCAGUCUCUCAAAGAAGGAAUGACAGAGGAUGCUCAGGAGGGUGUUAAAAGAGAAUUUUCCGCAAAAGUAGGUAUUGUCUUCCUCAGGAUCGUCACCAAUAUAAUUUGUUUGGGAGCUAUGGUAGGAACUGUUUACCUUUAUGUAAACCAGAUUCUCACAGAUUCUUCUGAGUUGCAGUCAACAGACAGUUGUGGAAAGCUCACUCAACCUUUAGAUGAUGGACUAGAUAUUGAUCUGGGAAACCUGACUAACACUGAAAUAAAAGAAAAUUUGUCAGCCUUUUGGAGUACUUAUUCCGCUUCUAUCAUAGUAUCAGGGAGCAAUGUCAUACUGCCGAUCUUCUUUCAGCUAGUAGGAACCUUUGAAAUGUAUAGCUUCCAGAGCACUAUGAUAGGCAUAACUCUUGUGAGGAUGUUCAUUAUGAAGCUGUUCAACAUCUCAGUUUAUCUUUACAUUCUGUACAUUGCAGUUGGGCCAAGUGGAGGGCAAUUAGAGGAGUGGCAAACCCCUGACAAUACCCUUAUCUAUAACUGCUGGGAGAAUUAUGUAGCUUCUCAGUUAUACCAACUGGUCAUGGUUGAUUUCAUUGUCUUUUGUAUCGCCCUGCUUUGCUCUGAAGUCCUCCGAAGUUACUUGGUCACCAAUAUUUCCUUUUUGAGAGACAGGCUUGGAAUCACUAAGCCAGAGUUUAACAUUGCCGAGGAAAUUUUGGAUCUGGUUCACAAACAAAUGAUAUUCUGGUCAGGGUUUUACUUUGCCCCGCUAUUUCCGGUCGUAGCAGUGCUUGAAGUUAUCGCCAUCUUCUACUUAAAAAAGAUAAGCGCUCUGAAGAAUGUGAUUCCUCCUAAAACGGUAGUCUUGAAUCAUCAGAGUACUUUUGCAGUUAACUGCCUCUUCCUCAUUUCGCUCUUGAUUGUCUUUGUCUUCAUGGGACUGGUCAUCUUCAACUUCCAUCCGAGCAAAACUUGUGGCCCAUUUAGAGAAAGCGCGUGGUUCAGUGACCCUUUCUCUCAUGUCAUCAAAAAUUCUGGAAAGUUUAAAAGCUAUAUUGUCGACAGCCUGAAAACAACAUCGGUUUUCAUCAUUUUAGUCAUCGUGGUUUGUUUGGUCAUUUACUACUACCGGUCUCUAGCAUCCUCAAGGAAAGUUACAAUUGGCUUGCUGAGACAGCAAGUCAAAGAUGAGAUAGCAGACAAAAAGUUCCUCCUGGAUAGAGUUAAAGUUCAAGAUUCCAACAAUAAUGAGGAUGAGACAAAGAUCGAGGACUUAAAAAAAUCCACAAAUUUAAGGAAAAAGGAGCUUCAACGUAAGAUAUCAAGGGCACAUGGUUUUGCGAGCUAGUGUUAUCUUUAAAUUUGUUCACUUUAAAGACGGGCUUUAAGUACAAAGGAUAAAUAGUGCAAUAUAUGAAUCAUGGGAUGCAUGCCUUUUAGUGUCGACCAAGCUGGACAACUUAUUAGACUAUCGAAAAAUCUUUUCUGCCCUUUUUUUGCAUCUAAGGAUUAAGGAAAACAAGCACUUCGGACUCUUCGAAAUAGAAAGACUGCUGUGAGUGUGAUCAGUGUCAAAAAGAUGCAGAUUCCUUUGAAACUGUCACAAGUUUAUUUUUAUACAAUAAUCAAUUUAAUGCAAGGAAAUAAAUAGCUUUCACUGAAGAUUUUUUACCUCUGUAGGCCCUUUGGCAUGUAUGUUUUACAAUUUUAAUUUCUUUGUUUAAUGUACAUAUAGUAUACAAUUGCAUUGAAAGCAAAAGCAACAAUAUCAUUACUAAUUUCUGAAA